AUCACUCUUCCAUUUGUGACUGACAGUUCGCAUGCCUGUGCACCCGCCCUCAUCUCGGUGUUUGACACUGCCCCUUCACUUGCGGCUGGCAGCCGGCGUCGGCAUCGGCAUGCCCGUGUGCCCCCCGGUCCCUUAUGUGCACUGCGUUGUCGAUCAUUCCUGUAAUGACACGUGCAGAAUGUGGGCAACCUAUAUAUGCUGGGUUUCUUUGGAGUUCCCUGGACCCAUAUCCAUAUUCAUCUCGCACACUCACACUCAUCCAAAAAAUACAAUGAAGCUCUUUCUCUAUGCGUACACUGGGCUGGCUGUUUUCAGUUCGGCAUUCGCAGCUGCGAUACCGAAGACACACUUGGUCAACGUCGGGCCUAACGGCCAACUUGUGUACGACCCCCCUUUUAUCUCCGCGAACAAAGGAGACGUGGUGAAAUUCAUAUUCCAUCCGAAGAACCAUACAGUGACCGAAUCCUCGUUCGACUUCCCAUGUUCGAAACUCAGGGACUCGCAUGGACGUAACGUCGGGUUUGACUCAGGCUUCCAGCCCGUAAACCCCAUCCACCCCGUGGAGAAGAUCGUCUCUGUCCGUGUCUUGACGAAAGACCCGUUGUGGUUCUACUGCCGCCAGACCGGCCAUUGCAGCAAAGGCAUGGUGUUCGCGAUCAACCCCCCUACGAGGGGAGCUCAUACCUUCGAUGCGUUCAAGAAGAAGGCGCUUGCUACGGCUGGUGGUAAACGGGAUGACGAGGAUACCGAUAUCGAGAUACCUCAUUUAGGCCCACUUAUUGACUAA